ACACACGCUGACACGCUCACACCCCUUCUCCCGCCGCCUGCGGCCGGGGGGCACUUUUGAAAGCCGCUCUGGUUCCACACCCAGCCGCCGCUGACAUCAUUCCCGCAGGGAGGGCGGGCGGAGGCACCGCCGCCAGACGGUCGCAGCCCGCGGAGAGCUGCCCCCGGCCCGCGCCCAUUGAUCUCAGACUAAAGCCUCCCCAGAGCAAGGAUGUUGAUUCUCCUGGCUUUCAUUAUUGUGUUUCACAUAACCUCAGCAGCACUGCUGUUCAUCUCAACUAUUGACAAUGCCUGGUGGGUAGGAGAUAACUUUUCUACAGAUGUCUGGAGAAUGUGUACCACGAACACUAGCACCUGUCUGGCUAUUACUGAUCAGUUCAGAGAGUAUCAAUCGAUUCAGGCCGUUCAGGCUGCCAUGAUCCUAUCUACUAUCUUCUGUUGUGUGGCAUUUCUGGUUUUCAUUCUUCAGCUCUUCCGUCUCAAGCAAGGAGAAAGAUUUGUGUUAACCUCAAUCAUCCAACUCCUGUCAUGUCUGUGUGUUAUGAUUGCAGCUUCCAUUUACACAGACAGGCACGAAGAACUGCACCAGAGCUAUGAAUAUAGGAUGGAAGUUUCUAAAGGCCAAUAUGGCUAUUCAUUUGUCUUAGCCUGGAUUGCCUUUGCCUUUACCCUGAUCAGUGGUGUGAUGUACUUAGUAUUAAGGAAGCGUAAAUAAAUGUCAGCAGCUAGUUAUUUCUGUCACUGCAGUACAAAACCAAAUUCCAGUAACCAUUUUGUAUAUAAUCCUUUACGUGGUUUUGUAGUAAAGGUGUUGUUUCUCUAAAAAUGUACUGUGUUCUUGAUAUGAAACAAAUCACAAAAAAAAAGAAGGCAGUUGAAAUGGGACACCGGGCACCUACAGGUGAGGAGUCGGAGCAGGACAGAGCCAGGUUGUUUCUUUUACAUAUUUCAUCAUCAUAUGAAUGGUUUUCCCUUUACCAGACAUUAACAGUUUCUUCCUGGCCUCUUGAAGAUUACAAAUAAAGCCCGUGCAAAUUAGUUUAUAAGCAGUAUGCUAACUGUAUUCCUGGACCAGAUGUAUCCCUUUGGAAUAUGUUAAAUAUAAGGGGGUGUAAAAAAAUGAGGCCCAGAUCACAAUGAAAAAGGAAAGAAUUAUAAAGCCCAAAGCUGCACUGAGAGUGUCUGUCCUGGCACUGGACCAGUGUUCUGCUCUUUGUAAUGUGCAGUAAGUGUCAUCAAGUUUUUAUUAAAACCACUUGCUUUGCAAAAGUAAACAACUCCUUUUUGUACUCCAGCAAAUGUUUCUCUUCUUCUCUUUCACAUUUAAUUUAAGCACAGACCCUUUGGCGGGAGAACUCACUGGCAAAUUCACUGUUCAGCUGGGACCAGCACAGUCUGAGCAGUUAAGGAAUACCCCACUCCAGUCCUAAAUCCCUUUAUUUUUGCCUUGUGUGUAGCCUUUCUGCAGGGUAGAACAGGAAAACAAGCAUCACAGUGCCUUCAUCUGCAGCUUUCCAAGCAAAUUAGUGAUCAAGCAAUGCCAAAUUUAGGUUUUUACAGCCAAACUCAGCAUGGUUAUUACACUGGACUCUUAUCAUGUAGUGAUUUCAUGGUUAAUAUGGCCUUUACAAAAGCAUUCCCUGAGUCUGCCCAUUAGGAAAUUGGCCUUUAAAAAAUUAAUUUUAAAUUCUUUUGUGGAUUUUACUGGAACUAAACACUACUACUAAACAAAUCAGACUGCAAUUACUAUGCUUAUGAAUUCCAGACUAGGUUUUCAAGAUAAAAUGACUUGGUGGUUUUUAUUUUUCAGUAAUUUUGUGAGCUAAAUCUGUGCUGUAAUACCAGGCUUAGCUGCUCGGCAGUGUAAUACUGACUUUGGGUGAUGGUGAUUCUGGAGUUGGGAGAUCAGUGUGGAGAAUGAAUGAAGUGGCCUUUUCUGGUUAGUCACAGCUUUGAUGCUUAAGUACAGAUUUGACUUUUUAAAAGCUCUAACCACUUAUUUAUUUCAGUGUAUUCACUAGAGCUGGCCCAAUACCCAGGCAAUAAAAUAGCAGAAUAGGUUUUGAAUGAGGUAUUUAGAAGAAAUUCAGUCUCACAAAGUAGUGCAGCUCUACUGGAGUUAAUGCUGACUACAUUAUACAUCAGUUAAUGGAUAAUGAUUAUGAUGUAGUAAGCUAGUUAUUGACCUGAUUCCUUCAGAUUUAUCCUUGAUUUAUCCCAGAGUAAAAAGCUCAGGUGCAUAACUGUAUAGGAAUGGUCUCCAACAUCAGUAAUAGGUCAUAUAGUUCCAUCUUCAUUCCUUCAACACCCUACUAUGAUUUGGCAUGUACUACUUGUCUUUUUUGGGAACAAAGAAAUCCCAACAAGACUGUUAAAAAUUUAGGAUGAGCAAGGACAACACACUAAAAUAAUAAUAAAAAACCCAAAUCAGUUUGAAGAAAAUGCAUUCUCCCCAGUCUAUCAUUAUGCUACAGUAUUAUGUCAUGUUUUUUCCUCUUAGUGGGAGUGCUUUGAAUUUCAAAAAUUAUUACCCUACUUUUAAAAAAAGUGGUUUUACAGUUUGCUGAAUACAUUUCAGGUUCAAAACCUGAAUUUUUGCUUGCAAGCAGAAUUUGUCUUCACUAAAUAGAUGCAGGUUUAAGGAUGAAAGAAGAUAGACUCAUUUGCUAGGCAUUUUUCUAGAUUUAUUAAAACAUGAAAAAGAGAAAUUCUUAAGCAAAUAUGGAUUACAACUGACUUGUACCUAGAGGACAGUCCUGUAAAAUUCUAAGUUAGCUGUUAUACCACUGACUGGCAGAGAUGUUUCAAUUUCUUGCCUUGAUCAUGCUCAGGUCAUUUACAGAGCAAGUAUUUAAAAUACAGAUGUAGAUAUACAUGAACACACAGAUUAAUUCCACAUUAAAGCUCUGUCCCUUUAAUUAAAAGUGAAAAGCACACACACAACAAACAUUUGAUGCACAACACCAAUACUUGAGUACAAACAGCAGCGUAUACAAGAUGCCACAUAGAACAGACAUUCAGGAAUGUUCUGCACAGCAAAACCACAAGUAGCAAACCAGUGAACUAGAAUUUUUAGCAGGACAAACAUAUUUUAGGAUAUUCUUUCUACCUGAUAUGCCUUUAAAAUAUACCCUUUUCUAUACUCUAUAUAUACUGGAAUGUACAUGAAAAUAAAACAUUCUUGUACUGUAA